AUGGAGACGACCCGCCGUGGCGUAUCCCACUACCUACCCUUGUCCAUCGUUGCCGCAUUUUGGCUUGCUCCGCCCACGCUCGCUCAGGUCCCUUUUACGAAUAAUGAUGGCUUGUACAAUUUCGUCACUCGCCCCGAGAUCAGGGCACCUAAACUCGACGUCAGAAUCUACGACAGGGAUGCUGUCACUCCCGGCUACUGGUUCGUGGCGCCAUACAACACCAACAAUGGCUGGGAAUCCCACCAGGGUCCUCUGUAUGAGACGUGCCAGGUCGGCCCGGCCAUAUACGACAGCAACGGAGACCUGAUAUGGAGUGGGGCGUGCGACUUCAACAACAUGAACGCCUUCGACUUCAAGCCGAUCGACUACGGCGGCAAGAAGUACCUCUCGCUCAACGUGGGGCGCGGCACGCCGUCGGUGUACGGGGCGGGCGUCAUCCUGUCCGACACGUACGAGGUGGUGCGCGAGGUGCAGAUGAGCGGGCACACGGACGACUUCAACCAGCACGAGUUCAACGUCAUCGACGACGGCGACGCGGUGCUGUACGUGACGGAGCAGAACCUCGAGGUGCCGGCCGCCAGCAUCGGCCUGGUGGGUGGCGAGGCCGCCGAUGAGCCCGUGAACCUGUGGGCGCGCAGCAACGGCAUCGUCGAGGAGUCGCUGCUGUGGGGCCGCGAGGAGACGGUCAACUUCGAGUGGGAGUGCGUCGACGGCAUCCCGCUGAACGAGAGCACCUUUCCCUGGCCCGAGUCGGCCGAGGAGGGCCGCGGCUGGGACUACAUGCACAUGAACUCGAUCGACAAGUUCCCCAACGGCGACUACCUGUUCUCGAUGCGCUACUCGGACUCGCUGAUGCGCGUGUCGGGCGAGGACAAGUCGAUCGUCUGGCGGAUGGGCGGCAAGGCCUCGGACUUUGAGAUGAAGGACGGCUUCCACUUCUCGCGCCAGCACCACGGCCGUAUCGUAUCCACCAGCGAGUCUCACACGAUCCUGACGCUGCUCGACAACGCCGCCGGCAGUUUGGGGAAAGACGAGGUCACGACGGCGAGCGAGAGCUCGGCCCUCAUCGUCCUGCUGCAGCACGACCCUGCCAACCGCGCCAGCUGGACCGCCGAGGUCCUGCGCCGCUACCCGCGUCCGGACGGCGACUACUCGCACCUCCGCGGUUCCGUCCAAAUCCUCUCCAAAGGACAAGCAGCCGACGAAGACGAAUCCACCUUCGACCCGACAAAAACACCCUACCCAUCCAGCCUAACGCACAUCCACGACCGCUACCCGGACUGGGAGACGGCCAACCUGUUCGUGGGCUGGUCCAAGAACGGCUACAUGACCGAAUUCCGCGCCAACGGCAGCGUCGUGGCCGAGGCGCGCUUCGUCACGUCGCACCUCGACACGUACCGCGCGUACAAGCACCGCGGGUUCGUGGGCAGGCCCGUCGAGCCGCCCGCGCUCGUGGCGUACGCCUUUGGGGAUGUCACGGGCCAGAGCUCGGCGAUUGUGGAUGGCAGCGGCCGCGGCGUGGGGCAGACGAUGACGGUGGCGUACGUGAGCUGGAACGGCGCGACAGAGGUGAAGCGCUGGCGCGCGUUCGGGAAGGUGGUGCAGGACGGCGGCGUCGUGGUGCUGGGGGGCAAUGGGCCGACGACGUAUGACGAGGCGUACGGCCUGGGGAACGCGGUCGAUCCUGUCGGGGGAAAAGAUGAAGUGGAGGAGGAUGAGCGCCCCUCGUCGACUCUUCCGUCACCAUCACCGUCAUCCGCAUACCGUCUCUCCCCGUCCUCCUCCCCUUUCCCGUCGUCCUCCUACCCCUUGUCCACCCUGAACAGCGGCGGCCGCGCCGUCCGCCACCGUCGCCGCGACAAGAUCCCCACGCCCUCGGACACGCACCCGGCCCCGGUCACCACGCACCUCGGCACCUUCGCCCGCGCCGGCUUCGAGACGGUCCUCACCAUCCCCAACCUGCCCGUCUCGCACAUCUGGGUCGAGGCCCUCGACGCCCGCGGCAACGUCCUCGGCCAGAGCCCCGUUGUCCGCGUCGUCGUUCCCGGGGCGCAGCGGCCGUACGCGCCUGCUGACGUGCUCAAUGGCGAUGAUGACGAUGGGGUGGGAGGGGGGGACUUUGUCUUUGCGGAUGAGAGUGAGGGCUUGAUUGGGUUGGUGAAGGUGCCGCCGCAGGCGGCGGUGGCGGGGAGCGCGGGGUGGGGGUAUGCGAGCGUGAAUGGGGUGAGUAGGGGAGGGGAGGCGUGGGGAUGGUUGGCGGUUAUGGGGGUGGGUGCGGGUGUCGGCGUGGGCGCGGCGAUGGUGGUGUUGGGGGUGUGGUGGGGGUGGAGCGUUUGGUCGUCGAGCAGGAAGGAGGAGAGGAUUGGUGGUGGAGGGAAGAGGAGGAGGUGGAAGGGGAAGGCGCCGGCGGUCGACAAGGGGAAGUACAGGGCCGUUGCUGGGGAUGAAGAGGACGAAGACGAGGCGAUGGAGCUGGUGGAGACGGGGAGCGAGAGCCGGAGCAGCGAUGGUGGGGACGAGUAUCUGGGCAGGUUGGAUUGGGCGCCGAUGAUCUUUGGGAGGGGCACUGCGGGCGUGGGUGGUGCCGGGAGAGGGAGGGGCUUCGACGAGGAGAUGACGUUGGGAGAGGUGAGGAGGGGCAUGGCACAGAUGAGACAGCAGCAGGGAUACCAUCAGAGGAAUGGCAGUCAGGCCGAGUACUGGGGUUCCGCGCCAUUGGUAUUCCAGGCGAAGAACAAAUGGGAUGGUGAACGCAUGUAG